CUUUAUUGAUUUUUCUUACCAUUCAUUAUAACAAACGACAUCCAAUGGUAGUAAAAGUGGGGAUUUCACUCUCACUGUUCGCUGUUUAAGGUAGCCUCGCCUCACUUACGUUUCUCAAAACGUCUCGACCUGUUUCCAAAAUGGAGGUUGAAUUCCAGAAUCUGGGGAAUUCCUUAAAAAAUUUAAGCUGCGACUACACAUACGUGCCAUCUGCAAUAGAACAAAUAGAAAGUUUCAGUACAUUUGGUAUAGGUUUAUUAAGCUUUGGCGCUAUACUCUCCACCUUGACGUUGUAUUUCGCAUUGGAUGCUUGCUACAAUAUUUUCCAUCAAAAGGAAACACGGUCCUACAAGACUAACAGUAUCAUGAUACUUUUGUUGUAUCCUAUAGCAAGUAUCUGCACUCUUACGGCCCUUGGAAUACCGAGGACCCAAUUGCUAUCGGAAGCCAUGAUCCAAAUAUUUCUGGCGAUAGCUCUGUUUCGACUGUAUCUGCUGUUGGUCUACGUGGGUUUCAAAAAGGUCACCAACACGCCGCCAUUAAUGCUGCGAGCGAUGCCCUGUUGCUGUUGGCCCUGCCUCCCCUUUCCAAGUCUUGAAAUGACCGAUAGCAAUUUGUCCUGGCUCCGACUGUUAGUCCUGCAACUUCCUAUUAUCCAGACUCUAAUUUACAUCACAUUUCUGUACAUGUCGUUCGAGGAGCCCCGUCUCUCGGAUCAAUACGCGAUUUUUUUCCAACCGCUUUCGUUGGCCAGCGUGCUCCUCGGAGUGUACGGGUUGACCGUUACUACGAAGAGUCUGCAAGAAGUCGCUCCAGAGGCGAAACUUCCACGCAAGACCAUAGUGACACAGAUAGUGCUGCUAUUUUCGAAGCUGCAGGCGUUCAUUGUGAAAGGUUUGGUGCAAACGGGCCUGUUUCCCUGCAAUCCACCAAUUACGCCGCAAAUUUACGCCAAUGUUACCCACAAUGCCCUGAUGCUAAUCGAGAUGCUGUUGCUCUGCUACACGGCGAGGUACGUUUAUUACGUCGACCUGGAAAGGGAGGAAGAGACUGGCGCGGUUGAGGCGACAGAUCGGUCCAAAGACAAGAGCACGGAACAAGCGAACUCGACGAAUGACAACGAGGCGAACAACAGGCAGCCAUCAACCUUGGCUACGUGAGAUUUCCACUCCUUGUCUGGACGAUUUUCGACUUUUCUUUUUUUUUCUUUUUUUUUUUUAUUCACGAGUACGAGAUCUUAAUUUGUACGAGCGUUUCGUUGAAUCGUAAUCUCUAGUAUCGUGGAUCUAGUAUCUAUUUGUAUCGUAUCGUAUGUUUUAAGACGAUACUUUAGAGCGAUCGAGCUUGAGCGAUUGAAUUUAGAUGAUGAUUAAAUAAUAAAAAUGAUAUCCUUUGUAAUACUUGAUUUUGUAAAAAAGAGUAUUGAUCGUAUAGGAUAUCUGGAAUAAUUGCCAAAUAAUUAAUGUUAUAGAAAAAGUUUCGUAGAAUUUGUGAUUAUUUUUAAUGAUUUUGAACAUAAUCGUUGAACUCAUCCGGAGAAGAGAAAUCUCAAUUUUUAUAUAUGUAUAGAAUUUCGAACAAAUAUUUCAAUUAUUUCAAACGAUUGUUAUUGAUAAUAAUAAAUAAGUCUAGUAUGAUUUUUACCAAAACGUUAAUAUUAUCGUUAAUAUCAGUCAUAAAUAUCGUAUUUUUUAAAGAAUUGUGAUAGAAAUUAAUAAAAUCAUACUCUUAAA